GACCAAGAAACUAUUAGACUAAACAGAACUAUUAGGCUAGUGUUAAAACAUGUGUUCAAAUUUACUCAAUAAUUAGAUAUAAAUUGGUCAUGACGCCAUUAUAAAGGAAUAUGCAAAUAAAUUCUUUGAUUACCAUCAAGUAAACGACCACAUGGCUGUCUGGUACACAUGAGACCUGUCAGGAGAAGGUGAUCCUUAACAAGUAUCAACAGACAAAAAAGGUGAAAGGAAGGUUAUGUUUGGAGAGUGUUAAGGUUUCCUUGACAACGCAUUAGUUGUGAACGAAGGGCAACAUGGGGAAGGCAAAUAGUAAAUUGAAACCCGAAAUUCUUGAGGAUUUGCGUAAGAAUACAGAAUUUACAGACGAAGAACUUCAGGAGUGGUACAAAGGAUUUCUAAAAGAUUGUCCGAGUGGUCAUCUUUCUGUGGAAGAAUUCAAAAAAAUAUAUGGAAACUUUUUCCCAUAUGGGGAUGCAUCAAAAUUUGCUGAACAUGUAUUCCGUACAUUUGACACUAAUGGGGAUGGCACAAUUGACUUUCGUGAAUUUAUUUGUGCUUUAAGUGUUACGUCUCGUGGUAAAUUAGAACAAAAAUUACGGUGGGCAUUCAGUAUGUAUGAUUUAGAUGGAAAUGGAUUUAUUUCACGACAGGAAAUGUUAGAAAUAGUAACGGCCAUAUAUAAAAUGGUUGGAACAGUUAUGAAAAUGCCUGAAGAUGAAUCUACCCCAGAAAAAAGAACCGAGAAAAUCUUCCGUCAAAUGGAUAAAAAUUUAGAUGGUAGACUAUCUUUAGAUGAGUUUAUUGAAGGAGCAAAAAGUGACCCUUCUAUCGUUCGUCUGCUUCAAUGUGAUCCUCAAUCUCAAAGUUGAGUGUAGAUUUACAACAAUAUUGUCAUUACGCAGAAACCAAGCAUUCUGGAAAGGUGUGAAUGCGAAAAGUUCUUUCACUCUGUCGUCGUUGAAUCAUCUUGUUAUUUAUUCUAGCGUUAACGAAUUAUUGUUGUCAUGGAAACUGAUGUUCUGAAAAAUUCUUUGAAAGGAUGAAGUUGUACAUAUUUUAUCUUAUAAGCUGAUUAAACUUUCUGGUGUGUUUUGUCUCUCCAACCAAUAUGUUACCAUAGUUACAGUUGGAUGUAGUCUGACCGUUACCUUUGAAGAGGAAAUCUUCAACGACCUUAGAGGCUGUGUGACCUUGACUUAUGGUUUCUAUUGGUUACGAAAUUGAAGCUUUAUUGAAAGCUCAGUUGUAUUCAUUCCAAAUAUAUUAGGAAACAGGGAGCAUGUAUUUUCAUUAUUGAUAUUUCAUUCAAAGAAUGUGUCUGCAAGCGAAUCAAUUGCAUAACAUGUUUCAUUGAAUUUUUUGUAAAUGGUAAAUCUUUACCAUGAAUUUUUAGAAGAAUAUUUAGAGUUACAAAAUUGAUGGUAAAAAAAAGCAAACUUGAUUCAAUUGUUAAUGAAAUGAAAGUAAUGUAUACUUUAUUAUGCCCAAGAUAUAUAUUAUUUUAUAGUAACUUAACUUGUUAUGUGUUUUUCAUAGCACAUUUGCUAGAAUUUCAUUAUUUUUCAUGUUCUAAGUGGUACAAUCUACAAUUUAAAUUGUUUUAUUGCACAGAAAAGUUUUUUAUACCUUGAAAAGUAUUGCUGUUACCCAACUUUUUCCAACUUUUGUUAAUUUUUGUUUUGAAGAAUUCAAUUAUUUUUUAAUUCAAUGACACUAUCAAGAAAUCAAUUUGAAAUUUUUGAUCUGACUUUGUUAAAUGUGUGAAAAUUAUGUUUGAGUUUACCAAAAAUAAACUGCAGUUGUUUCUGCACUUUAUUAUCUAACACAAGAAAUUUCAAGACAAUUCUGUUAAAUAAUACAUAAUAAUGUAGCUUUAAUUUCUCUUCGGACUGUUCUCCCAGGUUUUGAUUCAUUCCAUGCCAUCUUUGUUUUUUUUUUUUGUAAAAUAAUAUUAGUGAUGCGUUUGUAAAAAGUUAAUGUAUAUAUAUAUAUAUAUAUAUUAUUAUUAUUAUGGUAUACCCCCCAAUACAAAUUAAUUGUCAAGUUAAAGAUUGAAAAAAUUAAGCAACAUAGUAAUUGGUUUUUUUUUUAUUUUAAGAAAUGACGAACAUUCAACCCAGUUUUAAUACAAAUUAUUUAGAAUUAAAAUCUUGUUGUGCUCUGUUAAAAUACUUUUAAAGGAUUUUUUAUCAAGUUCAAAUUUUGAUAAUGUAUUAUUUUACACCCAGAAAAAUUUGUUAGAUGCAUGUUUGUUAUGUUACUUUUUUACAAUCGAAGAAAAGUUUGAAAAUUAUAUAGCAGGUCAAUUAAGAAAAUAUUAAUUUAUGAUAUCAAUCAAUUUAUUUCAUAUCCAACUUCAUCCAUAUAAUAUGGUCAUUUUUAAAUUGAUAUACAUAUUUGUUUGUUUAUGAUAUAGACUUUUUAUGCUGUAUUGUUUUGGUUGGGAUAAAAUCGUUUUGUUUGUUUGUUUAUGGGACUGGAAGUCAUUGUUACAAGCAUUGAUCGGAAAGACUGUGUAGUAGUAUAUCAAUGAAAAUUAGUUUCAGCUUGGGGAACUUGCUCCAUUCUAAUUGUUGGAAGAAACCUCUUUCAUAGCUCCAUGGUUUCCCCAAGUGAAACAUGAUAUAACAGACUUGGUAUUUUAUUGGAAGCAAGCCAGCUCUUAUGUGUACAUCAGAAUAUUAAUAUUAUAUUGGAUAAGACAAAAGAAUUAAUUUAUAAAAACACUAUGUAACUUGUUUUUGGGUGAACAUAAUCCACUUAGACUUCAGAAACCUGACUGUCACACAUGCUAUUAUGUAAGAUAGCAGGAUGGAACAUUAUCUGCAAAGGUUGUCAACAUGUGGGGUGGUUGUAUCAAAUCAGGAAAAUUUUCUUGUAUUUUGAGAAUUCACGGCAUGUAAUGACCAAACAGACAUAUUAUUCCAGAAAACUAUUAUUUGCUAUCAUGAUGAAGAGACUAAUUAUAUCUGUAUAAAAACUUAAUUUAUAACACGUCUCUGUGCUUUAAUUAAUGACUUGCAUGCAUUCUUUAUUUGGACUAACUUAUAUAGUAACAGAAUGUCCGGUCUACGCUUGGCUGAAGUUGAAAAUUCAGUUUUGCUUUAAGAGAUGUAUUGAGGGCAUAUGUUGAACAUAAUAUAUUAUGAAAUUUAUAUACAAAAAUUUAUUAUUAUUAAACAAUGUUUUUGUUUCUGUAUAUUAAUUCAUAUGUCAUUUGCACCCUUUGCAAUUAAAGAGAUAAUUUUUUUCAA